AUGUUACACAGUGGUUUUGCCUCUCAGUUGGAGGGAAUGGGUUUGUGGCACUGGGCUGCUUUCGUGUUGUUACAUAUACAAGACUUACACAAGUACGUUUAGUUCUCUCAAGACUUGUUUCUCAGUAGCAUUUUCUGCAAAUAACUCUCAUUCUCCAAGAAACAAACUUUGAGAUGUGAAAUGGCUUUUUAAUGUCACAAAAUUAUGAACUCAUUGAACUCGAACCCUUGGCGCCUGCUAAUGGUGUUAGUGGUUAUUGGAUUUGGUUAUCCUGUGCAUGUAUUUCUUACGGUGCUUUGUAAGGGUAAUGUCGUAAAGUCAUCUGUCGUAAUGGAGGAUAACGAGUUUAUUUUUUUCAUCUAAUAUUGCCAGGCGAGAGAACGCUGUCCGUAGUCUUCUGUGUCGCCACUGCUGCUUGUCAGCGGAUCACCAAAAUGUCGAGAAAGAGCGCUUUAUGUUAGAUGACUUAAAAAUCCCUGCUGAAUGGAUACACGAGGCUAAGGUGACGUGAAACUCUUUGUAUUUAAUGUUUGUUUUGCCAAGAGACAUUUGUAUUUAUUUUUCGAGGUAUUUGAUAUUACCAAUAACCCUACAAUUUAUAAUAUUGGACAGCAUGAAAACUUGACCUAACAUACUGUCACCAUCCAGUCUGACUGUUUAAAACUUAAGUAAACGAAGCGAACAAAAUGGCCUCACAUAACAACAAAACUUGGCAAACAGGGUUAUAGCCAAGAAGAAAUCGGCCUCUUUUUUAAAAUUCAAUCGCGUUUUUGAUAAAUAUUGUAUGGUCUCCCUGUAUAUGGUACAUGCGAAGCAGAUUUAAAUUCUGUCAACUGCUUCCCGAAAACACCUUCUAAGAGGCGCUACUCCACGAAGCUUUAUGUUAUCUACGAUGUGAUGUGUGAUAUGAAACUUUUUAAGGGAAUUAGCUAGUGGCCUUUUUCUACCCUUUGUACCCUAACUUCGGUGGGCCAUUAGGUGGCGAGAGGUGUCGAAGCUGAAAGGAGACUUAUUCCUAUUACUUUCAGGCUUUGCGUUCCUGCUACGAGGGUCGCACCCGCGAGGAAGCUUUUCAUCUGGUUAAGGCGCGUCAUUGGAGUCUGGGGCAUAACGUUGUAUUGCGCAGCCUCGUCAGUGAUGCGAUCAUCAACGGUAAGAAUUUGAACAAUUCCUUUAAUUAUAAUGCCUGGACGAUGUGUAUUAUAAUUCAACGCUUUAACAAAUUAAUUCUUUCUUUUAGGGGAGUAUGACAUUUUGAAGACCUUGCUUGGAGAAAUGGAACCGAGAGAUCGUAGCUCCACCGUG